CCCCUAUCCUUGAGUAAUGAGGACAUUUCUCUAGCACAGCCUUAAAGGUAAAGGGGCCCCUGACCAUCUGGUCCAGUCGUGUCCGACUCUGGGGUUGCGGCGCUCAUCUCGCUCUAUAGGCCGAGGGAGCCGGGGUUUGUCCGCAGACAGCUUCCGGGUCAUGUGGCCAGCAUGACAAAGCUGCUUCUGGCGAACCAGAGCAGCGCACGGAAACGCCGUUUACCUUCCCGCCAGAGCGGUCCCUAUUUAUCUACUUGCACUUUGAUGUGCUUUCGAACUGCUAGGUGGGCAGGAGCUGAGACCGAGCAACGGGAGCUCACCCCGUUGCAGGGAUUCGAACCGCCGACCUUCUGAUCAGCAAGCCCUAGAUUCUGUGGAUUAACCCACAGUGCCACCAACGGUUAUAAAUAGUCAUGCUGUUCCCCAUCCGUUGCACAAACCCUGGGAACUGUAGUUCUGUUAGGAAUGCUAGGGCUCAGAAGUCAGUAUUCUUGUUAGACUACAAUUCCCAUGAUUCCUGGAGGUGGAGAGCUUUGACAGCUAAACUGGUAUAAAACAAAUAGGAAUUUGCAGUAGCGUAGAAGAGGUCCCCUAAGAAGCUUUAAGGAUACCAUGGUUCCUUUGGGAUAAGAAUUGCAAUCUGUGUUACAGAGAGUGUAAAAGCUGUGAAAGAUACAUACAUACACAGUUGCCAUCAGAAGUGAAGUGCAUUCCCAGAGAAGUCUUAACUAAAUUAUAAACCUGAGGGCAGAGCCUAUGGGUUAUUUUUAUGUAAAAUGUGUAGCCUUUAUAGGGAUUCUAGAAAUAUUACUAUGGUUAUUAGUACUACCUCUGCUACUAAUGAUGGUGAUGGCUGCAGGAUUAAGGAAGAAGUAUUGUUCACAUGCAUAAUCUUAUGAUGCUGUAUGAAUGCUGUGGUUAAAUUUUACUUGUUAAAGGUUAUAAUCUCCUUUUUUUUUCUACCAGGUGCUAUGGCACAUGUCUUUAGCUGUGAAUUAUUUCUAUAAACAGCAGGUGUGUUGACAAAACUGUUCCUGGGCUCGCUCACUCCAGAUUGUAGGUGGCAAGACUGAAUGUCCAUCCAUAGGAAAAGAUUUCUUUCAGCAAGGGAACUAGAUAUGAAGAGCUCAAGCCGAACCUCCCUGAUCUGCUGGCUUUUGUAGGUGCAGGAAGCUUUCAACCACGUGCACAGGAAGCCAGUUCUGUGAAAGGUAUUGCCUUUCCAGUGUGACUAUCAACUCCAGACAGACGUUUCUCAUAGUUGCUCUCUUUUCUUCUGUGAGGUCUGUUGCCCUUCCGGAGGGGAGGAGGGGUGUCACAUGAUAACUGAAUUCACAGCUCUGAUUCACACAUGCCAAACUUACAGUGAACGUCAUCUAAGGUUUCUGCCCCCCUCCUGUUCACCAAAGCCAACUGUUUUGAAUCUGCACGCCUUGGACCACCUUGCUUCUUGUUAUAUAGUCCUUUUUUUGCUGGCUUCUGCACAAAUCAAAGCUGCUUCCUUUUCUAAGAAGGUGCUUGCAAGCUGUAAAAUUGCAUUUGGACAUUUCCCUUAGAACGCGGGGGUUUUAAGGCACACACACUUAAAGUGAUAUACUUGGGACUUGCUACCUCUUCACACGAUUUAACCAACCUAUUGUUUCCGUAAAUCAGUGUGAUUAACGGGGUGAGUUUUCAUUUUUAUGGUUGAAGUGAAGAUUCCAGUUCCUGCUUGUAAUUGUGAGUACAGAACCAAGAGGUGGUUGUUCAUUUCAGAUUAAUUAAUGCAAGAUCCUAUCUUACGAUUCUGCUGGUGUUUUGUUACCUUCAACUGGGAGGAUAAGAGCCAGCUGGGAUGCACCAAUUGUGCUUAGUUCAUCAGAGCAAUGACAUCAUGGAGGGGGCUUGGCCCAAGGAUCACCCUCUUUGUCCCAUCCCUGCUCUUCUAAGGACAGUAGAGUCAGGUGAGCUGCUAACCCAAUUUGCGCAGGGAUUGUUUCACCACACCAUCCCUGCAUCCCAUUGAAGGCUACUGCUUUGGGGAAAGAGAAAGGUCAUAUCCCAAGCCACUCACUUUGUAAUGAAGAUCCCAGAUCAAACCUACUACCAGCUUCAAACCCCUCUAUAAUCAAAUUAGCCCUGAAGCCCAGCUCUAAUUCCAAAUCAGACUGGAUGGGUCAGAUCCUCAAGACGCUGUAGGAUUUAUGUCACUAUAAUAGCUAGGGUUUCUCCUAAAAAAUCUAGGAGUUGCAAGUUGGGUGAGGGUGCAAAAGAAGCUUUUUGUUUUCUUUUUUAAGAGAUCCCUUGCUACCCUCACAAAACUACAGGCUUUGGGGAGGAGGGAAUGGGAGAAUUGCUGUGGUGUAGUGGUUAAAGAGUUAGGCUUGCAGAGAUCUGGGUUCAAAUCUUCAUUCAGUUGUGAAACUUACUGCUUCACAACAGCCAAUAGGGCUUGUUGUGUUCAUAAAAAGGCAGGAAGAAAUCCAGGUACGGUACUUUCUGCCUGCGAGCUUCUUUGACGUUGGGGAGGGGGGCAACAGAUGCAAUAAAAAUAAAAUAAAAUGACUUGUUAAGCCAGCUGUUGCAUAAAUGCACUUGUAAGUCCCCCCCCCUCUCCUUCUGAAUUAGGGUUGUGGGCUUUGUAGGAGCAGGGCAUGCCUGAAAGCUGUGUAGAGGGCCCAUUUCAGAGCGAGGGAAUAAGUAGUAGGAAGAGCCAGCUGCUCAUCCUGUUUCCUGGAUUCCUAACAUGAUAUUUACAGUCAUCACGUUGAAGACUUGGCUGCCUUAAUGCAUCCAUACAUACUGAGCUUGGUAAAAUAUUUUAAAUAGCUGGGCUCUGGCAGAGCCAAUUUUUCAAGGAUUUUGUCAGUCUUCUCUUCCCUUUUCCAGGGAGGAAACUAUUGCAGGGAAUGAGAGGAGAACACCCACAAACACACAACCUCCCUCACCAGCUAGCCUUACCCCACUGCCACCGCCAUCACUUGCUGCAAUCUACAGGCAGGGGUGGGGAGCCGUAGGUCUCGGGGCCAAAUGUGGCCCUCCAAGUGUCAGUCUGGACCUUUGGGACUCUUCCCCCCCCCCAACCACAUCCCCUCUCCCCAGGCCCAGUAAGGAAAUUUUGCCCAGUGACCCUUCAAAGCCUGAUGUAAGCCAGAGUGAGAAAAACUGAAGGAAGGCUGAAUUUCAAUGCACCUCCUUCCAGUGGUUCCUGAUACUUUUGGGAGGCGGCCCUCUGAAAGUAACCAUAUAUUUUCUCCAGUUAUUGUCUUCUGGUGGGGAGAGGGGGGAAAGAGAGAGAGAAAUGGGAUAGGAGGGCUGUGCUUGAUUGCAUCUGCUUCAGGAGAAAGGACGUUCGAAAGAAUCCAUAUAUCGUGGGGUGUUUUCCCCCCAUAAAUUAUAGCUUGACUUCCACAUGCAUAGAAUUGUAAGAAGAUGACAGCCUUGCCUCAGGCAGAGUGGGAGCGAGGUUUGGGUAAACAUGUUGAUCAGACCACACCUGCUUAUGGUAUUGGGGCAUAUCACAUGUCUGUAUCUUGGUGUGCAGUUCCCUGGCAUUUGUCUUCUGCAUCAUCAGGAUUUCAGACUUGAGGUAAAAUAAAGCUAUUAAUCUAUGGAGCUUCUUGUCAUUUUUUUUUAAAAAAGGUGGCAACCAGCACUGUGUCAGUUCCUCUAUCCCCACCCAGUUUUGCUUGAUCUUUCUCCUCAACGUCUGGCAUUGUCUUCUCACAUCUCUGUCUCUGCUCCUCUCUCCCUUAGAGCUGUGCUUCCUAGCCCCGUUUCCUUUUCUUCAGCCACUCUGUCUUGUAUUCCCCCCCACCCUGCAAGAGCUUUUCGCCCCUACUGGCCUUUGCCCUGAGCAAAAUGUUCCUCACAGCCAAAGUUUAAUUGCCCUCACAGAAGUGGACACCCUUGGACACUUGAAUGUUUGUGAACAUUCCCUGACAUCAUAGUAGGUCAACUAAUGGUUGUCAGGAAAGGAGUAGGGUGCAGAGCACAGCUGUUUUGGUUUUUUCUUAUGUGCAUGGUCCGAAUUUAUUCCUUUUGAGCUGGAAUAUCUUGAAAUGGUGCUCGCAGAAGCCCAAAGAACGCCCUAUAGAGUUAUGCAUUUAUGUUUCUAUUUCAUGAACUGCAGAGCCAAGUGUUUCUGUUUUUAUUAGCUUCUGUGGAAGCGUAGGUUUUCUGUUAUUCGGAGCCGUGGGUGCAUGUUCUGCUGAACUCUGCAAAAACAAUGGGAUGUUUUACGUGCAAGCACUUGUACUGUGAAGCACUGAGAGACAUUUCAUGGUAUGGGAGUUGUUAACACACACUUUGCCUAUUUGUAUCCCACCCCUUCCUCCAAUGAGCUCUCCGCAGUCAGCAUAGAAGUUGAGGGUGUGGGGCCCAGAAGGAGAGGCUGCAUGGGAUGUCUUGGAGGGAUGCACCCAGCCUGUGAGCUGGAGACCCCAUUGAGCCAAACCAAGCGCCCCUACCUUUACCCCACAAAUUUUCCUUUGGAUGAUUCAUUGGGGUAAGUUUUGACGGAUUCGACAGGCAGUCAGAUCAGGAAAUAAAUUCCCCCCAGGGAUGUUUUGCCCUUCCCUGCAUUCUUGUCAGACUUUGUACAAACUCUGCAGUGAAAGAAGAUGCAGUUGAGGCUUUUCCCACACUUCUCCUGCCUCUCACUCUGUCUUUUGGCUUGCAGGGUGGUGAAAUAAUUUCCUGCUGCAGAAGGUGGGAAAAGAGAGGUUGGGCAGGGCCAAGGGAGGGGCAGCAGUGAAGAGAAGCCAUGGCUACACCCUGUUUUCUGCUUCAGAGGCACCAAGCUGCAUGGCAGACAAAAAUCUCCAUUGCAAACUGGCAGUGUAUUACCUGGCUUGGCUUUCUUCCUUUCUUCAUCUUACUGCUGGACCAGUCCUGCUUUAGCAUCCCCAGGAAUGCUGGUCCGAGACACAACAUGGGCAAAAUUCUUGCAAGGUUCCAAAGGCUCUGUUCCAUAGAGAUAGAAUAAGGACCACUGUGCUGUCAGCUCAAGGUUUACAACUUUCUCACCUUACUCUCUGGUUCCUAAAACAGGUUAAAUCAUCCAACUUAAAUCAUGCACAUUGCAUGUGGAAAUUAGGGGGGGGGAUACAUACUCAAACUCAUGUCAACCUGGGAACAAAUCUCUCUGCACUUGAACCCCUUCCCCUGAUGUUUGGGGUCUCUUAUGUCAGGAUUGGGGAGCAUGAUGGGGUCUUCCCAACGUUGUGGGCUAAAACUCCCACCUGCCCAUUGGUUAUGCUGGCUGCGGUCAAUGGGAGUUGGGAGUCCCAACUUGCAGGGUUCCGUUCCCUGCUCUACAUACUCAGUGGUGAGCAAAAUGCACCCUGGGCAAAUCCAGGGGUACUUUAGUCCUACACUGUAUAAGUUCCAGGGUUAAGCCUCGGCAGCAGAAAUGUACCCAGAUUGCUCUCUGGAUGUGGCACAGAUUAAGUCCUUGUGAAUGAAAAAUUAAUGGCAUUCGUCAAAUAGUGAGCACUGCAAAAUGGCAACUGUGCGCAGAAGGCCUGAGCUUUUCUUAUUAAAAUUCUUUUUUUAGUAGGAACAUGAGAAGCUGCCUGAUAUACCAAGUCCCAUCUAGCUCAGAAUUGGCUGGCAGCUGCUUUCCAGGGUUUCAGGCAAGGGAGUGUUUCCUAUCCCUGUCUGGAUAUGUUGAGGAUUAAACCUGGGACCUUCUGCAUGCAAAUCAGAUGUUCGACCUCUGAGCUAAAGCCCUUCCGUUUCUCCCCUUUCCUGCAGCUCAUGUCAGGUGUGAGAUGUCAGGUCACAUCCUACGUGCUGCCCUUUCAUCAAUCAACGACUGAAGCAUGUGAUCAGGAGCAUCAUGGAGGGUGCAGAUUACCAGUUGCCUUCUGCCCACUCAGCCAGUGUGACCCUCUCUUCCCCAUCCUCCUCCUCUUCUUCCUGUGAUGGAGCGGACACCCUGGCUUUCAAUGGGGAGCUGGACCUGCAACGCUACUCCAACGGGCCGGGGGGACCCGGGGGCGAGGCCCGCCCAUACCCGUGCCCCAUCUGCGGCAAGCGGUUCCGCUUCAACAGCAUCCUGGCCCUGCACACGCGCAUCCACACCAGCUCCUCCCCUCUCACCUGCCCCUACUGCGGCCACCGGGCAGGGCAGCGUGCCAGCCUGCGCCUCCACUUGCGCUCCCACUGCCCUGAGGCACGCACCCGCCUCAGCCACCAGAGCCGCCUGCUGCUUGAGCUGGAGGAGCGGGCGCUUUUGCGGGGGCAAGAGGAGAAGGAGGAGGAGGAGGAAGAGGAGGAAGAAGAGGAGGAGGAGGAAGAAGAACAAGCUGCCCCUGCUCCGCCUCCACCCCUGCCCACUUUCCGCUGCCCUUUCUGCAAGGGCAAGUUCCGCACCGUCGGCGAGCGGGACCGUCACCUCCGCAUCCUCCACCAGCCCUACAAGUGUGGACAGUGCUCCUUUGCCGCCGCCCAGGAGGUGGAACUCCAGUGGCACAACCAGCAAGCCCAUGGGCUCCCAGCCGCCCGGCCGCCCACCCCUCCUGCCCCUGUCCCCGCUGCAGCCGCCCCGCCUGCCCCUCCAGCCUCUGCCCCUGCCACUCCCUCAGCCGCCACACCCACUGAGUUCCGCUGCCAGGUUUGCGGCCAGGCCUUCACCCAGUCCUGGUUCCUCAAGGGUCACAUGCGGAAGCACAAAGACUCCUUUGACCACAAGUGCCAGGUGUGUGGGCGUGGCUUCAAGGAGCCGUGGUUCCUCAAGAACCACAUGAAGGUUCAUCUCAGCAAGCUAGGCCUCCAGAGCGAACAAAGAGGGCCCGGCCCAGGCCGGUCUGCCCAAAGCUUACUCGUCGGCUGCGAGGCCCUCUACCCUUCCCUCCUCUCCCCUCGGCCCACGGAUAAGGCCAGCACGGGCAAUUUCUUGGGCUACGGCGAUGCCAGCUGCGCCGAGCGGCUGCAGGCCACGGCUCGGGCGGUGGAGAGUGGCCAGCAGUGGAGAGAGCGCUCUUACGCAGGAGGUUCCAAGCUGGCGAGAGAGGACCCAGGAGGGAGCCACCGCUGCCCAGAUUGCACCCGGACCUUCGGCACAUUCCAACAGAUGGCCUUGCACCGACAGAGCCACCUGUCCCGAGAGAGGGAGUGGAGCAAGGGGCAGUCUCUGGGCUCUCACCUUCUCGCAGGACACUGGCUCCCCACAAAUGUCAGAGCCUCCACAGCAGCCAACACCAGUCCUUCUCUGCUGACCCAGGAGGAAAAGGACAUGCAGGGGCAGUCGCGCCUGGACGGCUCCCGGCGGGGCACUGGGAAAGAUUGUCCGUUCUGUGGGAAGUCCUUCAGAUCCUCCCACCAUCUAAAGGUGCACCUCCGCGUCCACACAGGUGAGCGCCCGUACAAAUGCCCUCACUGUGACUAUGCUGGUACACAGUCUGGAUCUCUCAAGUACCACUUGCAACGCCAUCAUCGGGAGCAGAAGAGCGCUGCGGCUGCAGCAGCUGCUGCGGCAGGAACACUGGAACGGUGCCACAUCCCCCUCGCUCCCACCACAGUCCCUGCCUUUCCCACCACGCAGCUCACCAAGAGCCACGGGCCCUUCCUGUCUCUCGGGAGCUUGGGCACAGCUCGGUCCCGCCCAUCCCGCCGCAAGCCGCUGCUCAACGGGAAGACCGACUUCCAGCCCCUGGACCUGUCACUGCGCCCGGCUUUGGCGGGAGGAGCCCUCCACCGCUGCCAGUUCUGCCCCUUUGCCACCUCGGCUCCUGAGCUCAUGGAAUUACACCUCCAAGUCCACCACAGCCGGAAAGCCCGAACCCGCCGCUGCUCUCACACUGCCCCUAAACCCCGGGGGGUGGCAGAGGAGGAGCUGCCCGAACCCCAGAGCCCCCAGCUGAAAGCACCCGAGUCUCUAAGUCCAAAGGGGGAGAUGACCAAACUUCAGAACCUCUGGUAUUCGGAAGACCAGGGAGAACUUCCCAGGCCUGAGUUGCCCCGCGGGAAGAGGACGCCCGAUCGAGCAAUAGUUGCCAGCCUCUCUCCUGGAGCUGCACCAGCUAACCAAGAUUGGGAGAGCCUGUCGCAAGACUCGGAAGAGCCAAGAGCUGAGGAGGAAUUGUCUGGCCCCAAGGUCCAAAAGGGUCCACACCAGGAGACAUCUAAGACAGGCCAAGGCCUCAUGGAAUUGCAGCUGGAGCCAGUGCAGGCCUGAGUACAUCUACUCUGCAUAUAUAAGCCAGUUUCGAGCCUGUUUAACUGUCAUGGCAGCUCUCAAGCAAGGGACCCUGGGAACUGUAGCUCCUUUCUAUGAAGCAGCAAUCUCUAAUAAAGAAUUCUCAAGCACCCUACGAAUCUACGCUUCCCAGAGUUCACAGGGAGGGUCUUGGAUAGCCCCUAGCUUAGUGCUAGAGCCCAUGCUUUGCAUGCAUUAAGGUCCCAGGUUCAGUCCCUUUUAUCUCUAGCCAAAAGAGGCAGGGCUCGGAAAGGCCGCUGCCGGAGACCUUGAACGGACACGGCCAAUUAAAGCAGAAAACAUGGGGCUCGAUGGACCAAUAAAUAGUCCUGCGCAAUAAAAGGCAGCUUCACAAGACAGUUGAACCAGUUUCAGACCUGUUUACAUUUGUAGUAUAGAGAUGCAGAGACCAGAAGAGGCAGCUAGUAAGAUGCCACUCCACAAAUGACAGGCUGUUGAGAGGUGUCAACAUAGAAGGUAGUAGGGUUGUCUUUUUGGAAACAGGUUUCUGUGUCUUUAAUAGCAGCGAGGCAGGUGGAAAUUCAAGAGGUGCAGAUCUUCUCUGUCACGGAGCUGUUAACGGUACAGAAGGCCUGUCAGGAAAAGUGCCAACCUUGGGGGGGAUGUAGAAGGGAGAAGCUGUGAUAACGGCUGGGGUGUGGAAUUGGUUAAGGGGCAGUGAUGCUGUUAAAAGUCUUUUUUUAGUCAAACAGGGUUUUGGGGUGAGGUGGCUGGAGUCCAUUGGAUUCCAAUGCCUUGUUCUCGCCUCAGUUCUGGGCUUCAUGCUGCUUCCUGUCGGUGCCACUGUCUGAGAAAUUGGACCUCGUUGUUGGCACAAACAUAGGGUUGAUAGGAGGCCCCGUAGGGAACAAGACACCUGUGGUGUAUACCGUUUUUGUAAAAAGGGGAGCAUUUAUGUGGGCGCAGCUUUCCCUCUCCGUGGUGGUGCUGCUAUGGCGGGAGAAGCUGGCCCUUUCAAAAUCCCCCCCCCUUUAAUGACACAGGAGCCCUAUCUCCAUUAGCCUGUUUACCCUGUUGAGUGCCACAGAGGCAAGGCAGGCCGCACCAGCCACUCUUGGCCUAAGGGGACUUCCAAGCACCUGUGUUGGGGCCUUGUCUCCAUAGCAACCAGGUGCUACAGUCUCUUGUGUGCGUAGCAAGCAAGCAACCCAGUGCCAGUAUGUUAUCUCCGUAGUGACCCAGGAACAGAGCCCUGUUUCUGUAGUGAACUGGCAUGUCAGGGAGCUUGACAACUUCUAGAGUUUUCUAUUUUUUUAUUGUUUUUCUUGUAGAAAAUUUGAAACUGGAAAUAAAAAUUAAAAUGAGAAACAA